AUGGACGCUGGAGACGAGGCGCACAGCUGCAUGGGCGGGCCUGAUAGCGAGAGAGGCGAUGGUGGCAGCCUCGGUGACACCGGCCCGCAUGUGAUCAACUUCAACGUGUCCAGCAUCAACAUCCGCAACCAGCUAUUGAAGCACGCCGCGUCAGCGUACCUCCAGUCCGCCAUUGUCGUCCCACCGAGGGAACGAGACUGCCUCAGCAGACCAUGGCGGAGGCUGCUGCUGCGCCACAGGUGCCGCAUCCUGCUGUGGCCGUGCGGGUGCGUGUGGCCAUGGUCGGGAUGCCUCGCCGGAGAUCUCGCGCACCGCUGCGCCGUGUUUGUGGCCGGCUCGGCGCACCGCCUCGCCGUCUUCCUCUCCCGCUACGUCGCUUGCAUGUGGACAUAG